GGGGGGAGGGGCGGAGGGAGGUUCUGAGUAGAAACAGAGCGUCCAAUGUUUCAUAUUACACUCCUCAGCUGGAGGAGAAAAAAAGAAGAAGAGGAGGAGGAGGAAACCUGGGGCUUCUUUUCUUCAGAGGCAUUUAACUGGGAGUUUAUGGAGGCUGCAGAAGUGGAAAAUGAAGAUCUCCUCUGUGGUCUUCGCUCUCCUGACUCGAGCACUGCUUGGAGAUUUGUGUUUGGCCAUCAACGUCACCAUCAUCCCUUCCCCCUUCACGGUGGCACAGGAGGGUGAAAACAUCACACUCUCCUGUGUCGUAUCCCAGCGGCGCCGCAACGCUGCUUUACCAGUGGUGAAAUGGACCUUUCUGCCAGAGGGCACGGACCGGCCUGAAGACGAGCUCCUCAUCGCCCGCGUCAACAUGAGGAAAGCCCGUUUCUAUGGCAACUACACAAAAAGUUUCACAUGGCCCAAACUGAAGCUGACGGUGGUGAAGCAGGGGAAGAUAUUUGACCUGGACAUCUUGAACGUGUCCGAGGGGGACCGGGGGCUCUACAUGUGCCGGGUGCAGGAGUUUAAAAAGCACCAGGACCGCUGGAAAGCCUCGACGAACUGCACCGCCGCUACUGAGCUCAGAGUGCACGUCCUACCGACCACCAAGGCCAAAGAGAGCCUGUGGAGCUUGUUUGAAGAUGUGUACCUGUGUGCAGUGCUGAUCUGCUCAGUGGGUUUGCUGUGUAUGUGCAUGUUCACGGUGACCGUAACCUGCCAGUUCAUACAGAGGAAGCAGAGGUUAAAAGAUAAUUACCUCUUGGUCAAAAGCCAUCAGAACAGCUCAGGAGAGACCGUCACCAGUAUGGUCAAUGUGUCUCCUGCUCUGCCUAAGAAGGAGAGGAGGUACAGGAAGAAAAGGAGCAGAGAUUACCAAGAGGAGAUACCACCAGAGAUACCAGCAAAAGCUCCCAUUGGAGACAAAACACGGAAACCCAAACUUUUAAAACCACAACCAAGGAAAAUAGUGUUGCCGAAGAUAGUGGAGGAGAAUCUGACCUACGCAGAGCUGGAUCUGGUGAGGCCAAUUCCGGAAACCAAGGCGUCAUGUAGCGGCACCGUGUACGCUCAGAUACUGUUUGAGGAGCAGCAGCUAUGAGAGGAACACACCACUAGUAACUGUGCCUUAUGUAAAAAGUAUUGUCUAUUUAUAGUCUGUAUUAUUUUGUAUUCAAAUGGUUUGAGAAGGGCAACAUGUGUAGUGUCUCACAAUUAUGACACAAUUGUACAUAUGAUUUUAUAUGUUAUUUGAUAUAACUUCCUUUUAUAAUGCAAAAGGGAAUGUUUUGUGGACUGGAGUAUUUCAUUUAGAUUUUUUGCACCCACGUUUGAAUCCUGUGUAGCUUAAACUGGGAACACAAUAGAAGACUAGAACUGAUUUAGACCAGAUGUGUCCAUCGUGACAAUUGGAGGGGAGAUUGGAGAAUUUGCAGGCUGAUUAGAGCCCUCCCAUCAAACAGGUUGCAACCCGAUAUCAGCAGGUUUAAGUCCUGUGGUGUGUGGUUAUUACACCCAUUGAGAGUCAAUUUUACUCUAGGGUGAGUUGAUGGGAGAUAUUGCUUUGCUACCAUCUAAUGAGAGUAAUGUUGCCAUUUCUUUAUGGUCUAUUUAAAAGAAAUAAUUAGACAUUUUGGGGAAUGCUUAUCUGCUUUCGUGCCAAGGGUUAGAUAAGGCAAUUUAUAUCGCUUUCAUGUUGGUGCGUCAAGUAUGGAGCUAGAACCAAGAGGUGAUUAGCUUAGCUUAGCAUAAAGAGUGGAGGCUUGGGAAAACGGCUAGCCUGGGACUGGCUAGCUGGCUAACAUGACUAACAUGACUUUCUUAAUUAUUACGUGCUGUAACUGUUUAUUGACAAACUGCUCCCAGUUGUUGUUUGCUAUUAGGGGUGGAGCCAAAUCCCUUCCCUGAGGUGAACAUUUUUCAUCCUCAACAUUUAUUGUGUUAUGGUUUCAGAAUGAUGCAGACAGUUCGAGAACAAUUACAUACGAAAUAGGAUGCAGGCUCCCCGGGCUAGGGCCCCCGGACCUCCGAGGUUUGGGCUGAGCCCCAAAUGUUUACAAUGCCUAGCUUCGCCCCUGUUUGCCAUUAAAAGAAAUGUACGUACGCAACUCCCUGUAAACCCACAAAUUGUUGUGUUUACAUUUAUGUAUGUGUAUGGAUAAAACAAAUGUUAGUUAGGAGAAAAUGAGGCUAGCUGUUUAGCCCAUCUUGCAGUCUUCGGGACUUUCCCAAGCUAAGCUAUAGUCGCCUCCCGGCCCUUGCUUCAUGCUUAAUGUACAGGCAUGAUAUGGCUCUUCUCAUCUAAGCUACAGUUUUUCCCAAAAAUGUCUAACUAUUCCUUUAAAUUCAUAAAUGCACCUUAUUUUAGAGACAUUUAAAAAAAGAAAAUACAAAAAGGCUCAAUGUGUAUGCAACAAAAUGUCAAGCGAUAUACUGUAUAUUGGUUCCUUUAACUUUCUUAAGUCUUUGACAUUGCCUAAGUAAGCCAGUUAAACUCACUUACACAGUGAAUUAUGGGAAACCCCAUCAACAGAUUUAUGAAGGAGAGACAAAGUAAGUUCAAGACAUCCGUUUAUAUGUAUAGGAAGCAAUGCCUUUUCAAAUGUGAUUUACUUCUAGUGUGUUCCCAGCAUUAUCUGCCUCACAUCUGUGUUCAGUGUGUUUCUGUGUGUCCGACUGCAAUUUAUAAUGACCACAACUCCACAGAGUUGAUAUGAAAGUAGCAAUUAGCCCCCCGACAUCCCCCCCAUAGGCAAGUACGUGAGAGCAUGUGAGCCCUUUCAUCUGGUGCCAACAUCAACUUAACAGGCUGUUAGCGACACACACACAACCAUAUACUGUAUAGGGUGGAGUUACAUGUCGGCUAAACACCCUCGUAGGCUUAAAAUUAAGGCACAUACUAUAAAUCCAAAUGGCUGCAAACAAUUGGGACACCUGAUCUACAAACAGGGACAAACCAGUGUUUGAACUAUGUCACAUUAAUAUAAGUCAUACUUCAAAUCUUAAGGCAAUUUUGCUGUUUGAGAUGAGAUAAGAGCCAGGAGCCAUAUCGGCUGUGAUCCCAAAUACCUUCGUACGGUCUCCUUGCUUUCUCACUUUUCCGUGAAUCCGAGUGUGAAAGUGCUUAGGCCUCUUUUUCCAUUUAAUGAUCCUCUGGAUUCAGGAGUGGAAAAGCAAAGGAGAGUUUUUUUAAACAGUGAACUUGAAACCCAGACACAAAGGCACCGGAUCCCUCCCUUCCCCCAAGACUUCCACUAUCUUAUGUGAAGUUAUCCGUGCAGAUGGAGCCCUUCACAAAUACAAGUCUCACUUUCCGCUGCAUGCCUGCUGAAGUCCAUAUUUGGCCCCGUUUUCGUCAAACGUUAGCUAAACCAGCUACUUAUCGGCUAAUCAGUAGUUCGAGAGUAGGCUAUGUAGUCACUUGAGUAAAAUGAUUUGACUCUUCUGCAAAUUGAAUAUUAUUUGUGGUAUUUAGAGUUAUGUAGUAAACUAUGUAGCAAGGUUAGCCGCUUACAUAGCUAACUAUUAGCUAGCUAAUAGCUGAUAUAGGCUUCACGUGACAUUUAUUGGAUUGGUGUAGUGAAAGAGUCUCAAACAGACAGAUGUUAUCUAUGUCUGUUUGAAAAUGCUGAGAAAGUCAAAUGUAUGUUGUACCUUCAAUCAGCAGUUAAGCUGACUUCCAAUAUGGCUGCCAGCCAGGUGACACUUAAAAACCCAACAAAUACAGUACAAGACCGCAAAUUUAUAACCCAUUUUAACAGCAAGGUUGGUGGUUGUGGACUUGGACAUUCUCUGUUCCCCUGCCUAUAUAUUACAUUUAAAUUCAAACCACUAUCAACCUCCAUUUGUGACCAUUCCAAUUUUCCACUGUUCUCUUUAUGUAGCCGAUGUAUUUCAGUUGCACAGUGUGUAUUAUCCAUAUAGCCUACUGUAUAAAAUGAGUGAAAGUGACCUUUCAGUGGCGGGCAGAAGUGUCUUAAAAAUGCCCUUAGACUGUGAAAUGUAAAGUUCCUUCCAGACCACAUUGUCCUUAAUGGGAGUCCACUAACUAGAACCAUGUGUGUGAAUUGUGCCUCCCCCUCUCUCCUUUCCUUUUCCCUGCCCACCACUGACCUCUGCAUUCAUCAACAUUCCAGCAUUUUCUUCUCUUGUUCGUUUUGUACCUUUCAUCUGUACAGUAGUGUGUAUCAGUAAGUGGAAUAAAUAUAAAAGUGGAUGUGA